AUGGCGGCGCUGGCCAAGCGCGUAGCAUUUCUCAAGCGUGAAGCAGCCCAGUUCCCGAAGAUGGAUUCCAAGUCUGGACAGAUCCCUACCGAGUUCACGAAACUUGGUAUCUUUGAGAUGAAGGCACUCGCCGCAGAAGUCUACAUGUCGCGCCAGCCACCAGUGAAGCUCGAAUUGAAUGAGAAGCGAAAGCGAGACCUGGAGGAAGGCAACAGACGAUCGAACCGAGCCGCUGCUGGAUCCAGCGCCACGGGAUCCGCGAGAGGAGAUGGGACUUCGGUGCUCGAGCGAAACCUCGACCAGAUCCUGGGUCAGGUCGACUACUACUCGUCGUACGACAUCAAGGAGCAGGCCGUCGAGGCCGUGCUCGACAUCAUCGAGGGCUACCUGCUCGUCGACGCCGAGCUUGCCCGCCCCUCCCACAAACAUCCCGUCCUCCUCUCCCACGUCUCACGUUCAACCUGUUAUGCUUCAACUCGCCUGAAGAAGAAGGCCCUCGACAUGACCGCAUUUAAGGACGAGGAGCUCGAUGCCUCCAUUCGCUCGCCGAAGCGCCCUCACUCACCCGGCCCGGGUACAGCCAAGCAUCCCACGACCGCCAAUUGCAUCACGAAACAGAGCUGUACUGUCAAGCAUGGCUUCUGA